AUGAGAAGGCUCAUAGGAUCGAUUACAAAUAUGGCAGCGGCUAACAACGCACAGCUUUACGCCCAAUUUCAUGGUGCCCUAAAAGGAGCUGAACAAGGCGCAGUCGUGACUCGUUUUCCUCCAGAGCCAAGCGGAUAUCUACACAUUGGCCACAUAAAGGCUGCAAUGCUGAACUUCCACUACGCCAAAAUGUAUGGUGGCAGAAUGCUUCUGAGAUUUGACGACACAAACCCAAGCAAGGAAAACGACGACUUCGUCCAAAAUAUCAUACAAGACCUGGAGAAGCUUGAAAUCUACCCUGACGCAGUUUCUCAUACCUCUGAUUACUUUGAAUUGAUGCAGGUAAAGAUAAGAGAGCUGAUUGCUUCUGGCCACGCUUAUAUGGACAAUACAGAUGUAGAAGUGAUGAGAAAAGAAAGGUUUGAUGGGGUUGAGAGCAAGUGCAGGAACCAAACUGUUGAAGAAAACUUAGCAAUUUUUGACGAGUUUGUACUGGGGCAUAGACCAGAAUACUGUGUAAGAGCGAAAAUUGAUAUGCAGUGCCCUAAUAAGUGCAUGAGAGAUCCUGUGUUCUAUAGGCAAAAUGAUAUACCUCACUUGAAAACUGGGAGCAAAUAUAAGGUGUACCCGACUUAUGACUUCGCUUGCCCAAUUGUGGACUCUAUUGAAGGAGUAACUCAUACUUUGAGGACAAGCGAGUAUAAUGACAGAAAUCCAAUGUUUAAUUGGGUUAUUGGAAAGCUUAACCUAAGGCCAGUCCAUAUCCACGAUUUCUCUAAGCUAAACCUCGUGAACACUGUUCUUAGCAAGCGAAAACUCCAGAAAUUAGUUGACACUGGAGUCGUUGAAGGUUGGUUUGACCCAAGAUUCCCAACAGUCCAAGGAAUUCUCAGAAGAGGCCUCCAAAUCAAAACUUUGAAAGAGUUCAUGCUAAAGCAAGGCCACUCUAAAAAUACAGUGUUUAUGGACUGGUCCGAUCUCUGGGCUGACAACAAAAAAGUGAUUGAUCCUAUCGCUCCAAGAUAUACUGCAAUUUCAGCUGAAACCCCAUGUCUUAUCAAUCUAAUAAACGGACCAGCAGAGCCAUAUGAAGAAGAACACCCAGUUCACGAUAAAAAUGCUGAGCUCGGCACUAAAAGAGUUACAUACUCAAAUAAAGUUUUAAUAGAACUGGAAGACGCAAAAGAAAUCAACCCUAACGAGAAAAUCACUUUAAUGAAAUGGGGUAACGUCGUCAUUGACUCAAUACAAGAAAACCAAACAGAAACCUUCAGAGGUGUCCCACUAAAAUACAUCCUUGAAGGCCAUCUUGUAUUGGACGACAAAGAUUUCAAAAAAACCAAAAAAUUGACUUGGCUGUCUGCAAUUGACGAUAAAAUCGCCCCAGCAUCUUUGGUAGAGUUUGACGUUUUAAUUACAAAGGCUAAGCUAGAAGAAGAUGAUGACUUUGAUGCACUUAUUAACCGUAAUUCAAGGUUUGAAACCAAAGCCUUUGCAAGUUUCGAUAUAAAGAAUCUUAGACCUGAUGCAGUUAUUCAGUUAGAAAGAAGAGGGUUUUAUAGAGUUGAUGCUCAGAGAGACUCAUCGGUGCUAUUUUUCAUUCCUGAUGGAAGGACUAAGUCAAUGAGCGUUCUUGGAGGAAAAGUUGACCAAAAAUUAGCGAUGAAAGGAAGUGAGGCUGCACAACCAUCAAAAAAACAGCAGCAAAGGCAAGAGAAGAAGGCAAAACAAAAGAAGGCUGAAGAGUCAAAAGAAGAGAGCAAGCAGGAGAAAGAGCAAAUACCAGAAGUAGCAAAGAAGGUGCAAGAGUCUAAAGAAGACCAGAAGCAUGAGGAGAAAGAGCAAGCAGAAGUGGCAAAGCCUCAAGAGGAGAAGAAGCAGGAAUAA